AUGCCUUCAAAUAAAAUAUUCAAAAAAUUAAGACAAAACCUGACAUUAGCUCGUCAGGAUAAAGAUCGAUCGCAUUGGAAACGAAAGGAUCUACCACGUUUGGAUCAUAAACCAUUCAAAAUAAAUGAAAAAUUUUCAAAAUUUUGUUCAAAUAAUACACUAGCACAAAUUUACCUAACGGACAUACUUUCAGUUAUCGAUGUUCUUCAAGCAAAUUCAUCAUACGAUUCAAUCUUAAAAUUACAAUCAGCUAAUUUUAUUGCAUAUCUCAAGAAUACUGCCAACCAAGAAUUAUUACGUAAUGAUUGUGAAACUUUUAUUAAAGGUCUGCAAACAGCAAAGAAAGCUGAUAAAACAGCUCAACGCGUACAACAACAUUUGGCAGCAACAAUUCAUAAAAAAAUAAAACAAGUUGCACGCGAGGUUACCAAUGGAAAAGGAUUUCGUGAUUUAGACAAUUAA